UCUCCCUUCGGACCAGCCGUUCCUCAGAUACGGAUUACUAACCUUCAACUGGCAACCCAUUCGGAAUGCCGACUACCCUAAAUGACCUCCCCUCAGAGUUGCUAGCCCAUAUUUUCACCGACACACUACCCACUGACAGCUAUGUUGCGGUAUCAAAUGAUGCCUCACCUCUCGUUCUUUCAAGAGUAUGUCAUUUGUGGAGGUCGAUCGCUUUGUCUUCAUCCAAUCUCUGGUGUUCCUUCCAAGUCAAGCCUCCAAGAUGUAAUCCUUACCUGAUACAAGCAUGGCUCGGCCACUCAGGCGAUCGCCUGCUCUCCUUUAAAGUCGAGUUCAGCAUGCAUUCGCCCUCUUACGCUGAUGCUGCUCGUCUCCUACGCACACUGAGUUGCACGUCUACUCGUUGGAAACGCGUGCAUCUCUUUCUUCCGGGGUCAAACUCUCUAUUUCGGGAUACAUUUGGCAGUUCAGACAUGCCACACCUCCGAGAGCUGACCCUCGAUGUGGUUCGUGGUUCGGAAGCCGACGUCAACGAACUCAAUACGUUCCUUUUCUCUAAUGACAUUCCUCUUGAAAAUUUCACUUGGGGGUUCCACUCAUCCUGGGGAAUGUGGGACACUCCGGGAAGAUUGAGGGAGCUCAUCAUCCUCAAUGCCCCUUGGUCGCGUUUGAUGUAUCUUACACUGAACACUUGUGUUACGGCGGACGAGGCAUACACCACCCUCAGCAGAUGUCCCAACCUAGUCGAAAUUGACCUCAGGAGAUUUUCAAGACCUGUGAACGCUCACAGAAGCGCCGCAAAUCUCCCGGUAAUCACUCUUCUAAGCCUCACCUCGCUUUCUCUCUACACCAUUAAUCUUGUCACCGUCCAUGAACCCCUCGGUCAUUUCUUCUCCCAUUUGCUUUGUCCGAACCUACGAAAGGUGGUGAUCACUUGCGGAUUUACAAGUACGGUUGCAUGGCCUCGGAGUGCCUUCAUGUCUUUUCUUCUGCGAUCAUCGUGUAACAUCGAACGGCUCCAUUUGGAAAGCACCGGCAUCUCGGAGAGUAACCUCUGUCAAUGUUUAGAAGUAAUGUCGCCUUCCCUUAGGCGCCUGGCCUUGUACGAUUUGGGUGAUAACGCGUGCGUGUCAGAUAGGCUUGUUGCUCGGAUGGAAGGAUCACUGUGUCCACGAUUGGAGGACCUUGUUCUGCAUCGCGUGGUGCGGUGCUCUGACGGUGCAUUGGCAAAGAUGAUUCAUUUGCGUCGGGAGUCGUUACAGAAGUUCAGGUGGUGCCCGAUCCCCGGAGAUCAUUGUAGCCAUGCGCAAGAUGUGCGCGUAUUCAAAAAGGUGUCCGGUCAUGGCUUAGAGCAGACAUGGGAGUGGGAGAAAGACAGUUCUGUUGAAUAAUGAUUGUGUAUAGCAAACUGAAAGAGACAUCCGAAACGGUUUUGAACCUUUCGCGGGAAGAAGUCUCGUCGUUGGAUCAGUCUUUCACUUUGUUAACUCUCUUCCAGGCCACCAUAAAUUGAACAAGUUACCGAGGGCAGCAUUGAUGAACUACCGUCAAUACCCUUCGUGCGUUUCGAUUCCGAGUUUGGACCGCUAGAAGAGUUGAAUAUAAAAUCCAAAAUUGAUGAAACAGGCCUCACUCGCUGCCGGUACUCUUAAAGACUAUGAAUCUCACAAAAUAGUAUUACGAAUCUGGAUGGGUAUAGACUUUGCAUAGGCUCCGUGGGAAGUAGUUUUAGCUAUGCUUAUGGUACG